UCUCCAACUGUGUUGACCACACGGAUCAAAACAAUCGCUACGCCGCCCCAAAUAAAAUAAGCGAAUAAUAUAAGUUUAUAUAUCUGCGUACCGAAUAUAUGUAUUCAAAAGUAUUUUCUAAAUAAUUAAUGAGCUUAUAUUGAAAUAAGUGAAAUAAAGGUCGAGACUACAUAAAUAAUAUUCGAAAACGCAUAGUGUGUGUUUUGGUGCGUCUUCCGAUAGUGUUUAUAUAACGCAUAUUUUUGCAAUAUCUGAGUGGGUUUGCAAUGGACUCGGAUAAAGUAGUACGUGCCAUGGCACGUUGGUGGCAGACUGUCAGCGAGGAGGAUACGGAUCUCUCGGCACACAAUCCAAUGCUCUACGAUCCGCUGCAGGAUGGUGUCGUGAAGACUUCAAAGUCACGUCAAUAUCUGGCCGCACUUGUUGUUUGUCUGGGUGCAGUUGCUGCCGGCACGGCCUUAGCCUGGACCAGUCCGGUGCUGCCACAAAUCAGUGUUAGUCCCAAUACCACCAGCGCAACAACGAACACCACAGCUAAUGUCACAGUGGUCAGUGUGCCACACGAUGACCAACUCCAACUAACUGUCGCUCAACAGACAUGGGUGAGUUCUCUGCUGGCCAUUGGCGCCUUCUUGGGCGCCCUGCCAACGGGCUAUAUAGCCGAUGCAAUUGGCAGACGCUAUACGGCGAUGCUCAUGGAUGUACCUUUCAUAUUGGCCUGGCUAUCGAUCAGCUUUGCCAAAUCAGCUGGUUGGCUGUACUUUGGUCGCUUUCUAAUUGGCAUCUCGACUGGUAGCUUUUGUGUGGUUGCUCCAAUGUACAUCUCGGAAAUAGCUGAGACGAGCAUUCGUGGCACUCUGGGCACACUGUUUCAGCUGCUGCUCACUGUGGGCAUACUCUUUAUUUAUGUAGUGGGCGCCUUGGUCUCGUGGAGUGCUCUGAGCAUGAUGUGCUUGGUGGUACCCAUUGUUCUGUUUGUGGGCAUGAUCAUGCUGCCAGAGACGCCUGUUUAUCUCCUGAAGAAGGGUCGUCGUGCAGAUGCUGCUUUGUCGCUCAAGUGGCUGUGGGGUCGUUACUGUGAUUCUCGUAGCGCCAUUCAGGUGAUACAGAAUGAUUUGGAUCAGGCUGGUACGGAUGCCUCGUUUCUGGACCUGUUCACGAAUCGUGGUGCACGCAAUGGUCUGAUUAUCUCCAUGAUGCUGAUGUUCUUCCAGCAGUUCUCAGGUAUCAAUGCGGUCAUCUUCUACACGGAGUCAAUAUUCAAGUCGGCCGGCAGCAGCUUGAAUGCCUCCGUUUGCUCCAUUAUUGUGGGCGUGGUGCAGGUGAUUAUGACGUUGACUUCAUCGCUGCUGAUCGAGCGGGCCGGCCGUAAGAUUCUGUUGCUGUUCAGCAGCACCGUGAUGACCAUUUGCCUGGCCAUAUUGGGCGCCUACUUUGACAUGAAGGAGAGCGGCAAGGAUGUGUCGCACAUUGGCUGGCUGCCACUGCUCUGCAUGGUGCUCUUUAUCAUUACGUUCUCGGUGGGCUACGGCCCCAUACCCUGGCUGAUGAUGGGCGAGCUCUUUCUGCCCGAUGUCCGGGCCACGGCAGUGGCACUCACAGUGAUGGUUAAUUGGCUGUGCGUGUUUGUGGUAACGAAGUGUUUUGGCCUAAUGAUCACCGACUGGGGCUCCGAUAUGACCUUCUGGUUCUUUGCUGGCUGCAUGGCCCUGGCCACAGUAUAUGUGGCUCUCUCUGUGGUCGAAACCAAGGGCAAGACCGCCGGCCAAAUACAAACGUGGCUCAGUGGGCAUUAGGGCAAAGUGUUGCGAGAGAUUGUACACGUUAACCAACUCAGUCGCUGCAUUGACCUGCCUGAUAACCCAUUGAAUGGAUUUGCUGAAUCCACCGCAGGGAACGCCCCUCAAAUUUUGCAGCUAAUCAGCAGCGGCUGUCAGAUGAAAUUUGCAAGCCAAAUGCCAGCAAUAAGCGACAAGCGAGAUGUGCCUACUUACAGUGAAGUAAGCUCCUUCCAGAUAAGCGACGGAUUAUCUCGCGACAUGGAGCCGGUGAAAACUGGUCGCAUCUUUUUGGCUGCCGUAGCAGCCAACUUGUCUGCCUUUGUGGUGGGCACCUGCCUCGGUUGGACCUCGCCCAUUGGACCGAAACUGAAGAGCGCUGAUACCUCGGAUUCUCCUCUGGAUCGUCCGAUAACGGCUGAUGAGGAUGCGUGGAUAUCCUCGCUGAUUGCAAUUGGUGCUUUGGUGGCACCCUUUGUGGCUGGUCCGCUGGCGGAUCGCAUUGGCAGGAAAUGGGUGCUGCUCUCGAGCAGUGUAUUCUUUGUGGCCGCCUUUCUGCUCAACAUGGUCGCCACCGAGGUGUGGAUCCUAUAUCUGUCCCGACUAGUCCAGGGUUUCGGCGUUGGCUUCGUGAUGACCGUGCAGCCCAUGUAUGUGGGUGAGAUAUCCACGGAUAAUGUCCGUGGUGCCACAGGAUCACUCAUGCAGCUCUUCAUCGUUGCUGGGAUUCUGUAUGAUUAUGCAAUUGGACCAUUUGUCUCCUAUCAGGCGCUGCAAUGGUGCUGCAUUGUGCUGCCCCUCAUCUCGAAUACGGUGUUCUUCUUCAUGCCGGAGAGUCCGUACUAUUUGGCGGGCAAGGGUCGCAAGACGGACGCAAUGCGCUCGCUGCAGUUCCUGCGUGGGCAGAGCGCCGAGGGUGUCCACGAUGAGAUGACUCUGAUUCAGGCCAAUGUAGAGGAGGCGAUGUCCAGCAAGGGCACAGUGAUGGAUCUAAUCCAAAAUCCCAGUAAUCGCAAGGCGUUGCUCAUUUGUGGCGGACUCAUCUGCUUCCAGCAGCUGUCUGGCAUCAAUGUGGUGCUCUUCAACAGCCAGUCGAUCUUCGCCAGCGCCAAUACGGGUCUCAAUCCAGCCGUGGCCACGAUUAUCAUUGGCUGUGUUCAGGUUAGCGCAUCGGGAUUGACGCCCAUCGUUGCAGAUCGUCUGGGCAGAAAGGUGCUGCUCCUGAUCUCGGCCAGCGUAAUGAGCGUGGGUCUGGCCGCCUUGGGUGCCUUUUUCUACAUGCAACUGGUGGUGGGUGAUAUAUCCAGUGUGGUCUGGUUGCCAGUGCCCGCCUUGAUACUCUACAACAUCGUCUACUGCACGGGCUUUGGUCCCCUUCCGUGGGCAGUGCUGGGUGAGAUGUUCCCGGCGAAUAUCAAAUCGGCUGCCUCAUCUGUUGUAGCCAGCACCUGUUGGACUCUUGGCUUCCUGGUCACGCGCUAUUAUCCGGCACUAGAUGCUCUCGGCUCAUAUUAUGCAUUUUGGCUUUUUGCCUUUUUCUGUGUGGUGGCCUUCUUCUUUGUCCUGUUUGUCGUCAUGGAAACGAAGGGGCUGAGUCUUCAGCAAAUCCAAGAUCGCCUUAAUGGCAAGCAUAACUAGUUCAGCUUUUUCUUAGCCUAAAUGUACAGAUUUUUUAGAAUUAUAGUUUUGCUUAUCCUAUAUGUGUAAGUCGUA